AUGGAAGUGUCAGAACAACAGGCAAAAGAAAUGUCUUAUAAAAAAGCUAAUGUAUGCUCAGAGGAAAUCGACGUAGUAGAUCAUUUAGAAAAACAAGCCUUUUUUAGAAGAAGAAAACAAACGACAAACAUUAAAUCGAGACCUAGUCGAAAUGAUAAUAUAGACAAAAAAGAAAAUAACUUGUUAUGUUUUCGAUGUGGGGAGAAGUACUUUGUUGGACACCAAAAUGGUUCCAAAGCCAUGUGGGAAAAAAAACAUUAUGAUGCUUUCAACAUGCUUAAACGUGAGUUAUCAAGUGAAUCCGUUCUGGCUUUCUAUGAUCCGCACAAAGAAGUGCAGUUAAUCACCAAUGCUAGUAAUCAUGCCAUAGGUGGUAUACUCUUACAAAAAGAAAGAACAUGGAGUAAACCAAUCUGCUACAUAAGUAGUAGAUUGGUCAUAGUAGACCACAAACCCCUCAAGUUCAUUUUUUGUUCUGGUUCUAAAUUAAACGCACGUAUUACAAGAUGGCAAAUCAAAUUACAGGCAAACGAUUUCGAUGUAAUAUAUCAAAAAGAAGAAGAGAACAUUGCAGAUUUUAUCUCUAGAAACUGUACUCCAAAUGAAAUACUUAGUGAGUCAGAUGAAAAUGAAAUUACAGCAUAUGUAAAUUUCUUAGUGACAAAAAUGGCACCCAAAUCAGUAUCACUCGAAGAUAUAAAAUCAGAGACAGCAAUUGACAUCAGUUUAAUUACAAUAAAAGCAGCGUUGUUGUCGGGUUGUCGGCAUGACAAUCCAAUACUUGAACCGUAUUGUAAAUUUCAAAAUGAGUUAACUGAUCUUGACGGAAUCAUAUUACGAGGAGAAAAAGUUGUUUUACCAAAGACGCUUCAAAAAAAAGCUUUACGAAUUGUACAUAAAGGGCAUUUAAGUGUUGAAAAAUGCAAAGGCUUAUUGCGACAAAAAGUUUACUGGGUCACUAUGAAUACCGAUAUAUAA